CCCACCCCCACCCCCACCCCCUUUUCGCUACUCUGUUUUUCAUCAUUAUCUAUCAUCAAACAUCAUCAUCCUUUAUUUUUCCAUUGUAUAUAUUUAAACACGCACACACACACACUGAACUUGGUGUUGUAUGUGUAAAUAUUCAACGCAGAAUUUGUGAAGAAGGAGAAGAUAAAAGGGGAAGUAAUUAAAAAGAAAAGAAAAGAAAAGAAAAGAUCAAUUAAACUCCACCGCCUUAGGUACCCAAGAAUUAAUUUUUCUAUUUUUUUGGUUGAAAAGUGAUUAUGGGUCGUGUAAUUUUCAUCUUUUUGCACUUUUUAAUCAUCUGGGUAAAGGCUAUUUAUCCGACAGAAAUUGCAUACUUUGUGCUUUUGCCUAUUGCUUUAAGCUGAUCACCUCCUUCAAAUUGCAGAAACUAUGUAUGUAUGAUGUAUGUGUGUGUGUGUGUGUAUGUAUUUGCUUAAAUCACUUGGACUUUUUCUGGGGUGUCUUUUUUUUUUUUUUUGGAGGCUUUUUGGUCGAAAGAGUGCAUUUUUUGUUGUUGCUAAUUUUAGUGUUUUAACGUUGAUAUGUUGUUCUACUGUAAUGGAUUAAAGUUAUAUACAGUGACUUUUUAGAGAUUCUUUUACAUGUAUCAGUGAAAUUUAACCUAUUAUAGCAUGUUAGUUACCUAUAAUUACCUUAAAGAACCUGAUCCUAUAAAUAUCUUUAUACCGUCACUCAAGCGGAGCUAGAGUGCCGGGAGCGGGUUUCCUAGUUUUGGUUCGAACCUCGUAUUUGUCUUAAAAAUCCCAAUAACUUAAAACGAUUAGAAUCUCGAACCCAUAAGCUUGAAAUCCUGACUCCGCCUCUGCCCCGUCAGUGCGCAUUACAUAAACUCACUCUAUUGCUAUAAGCAUGUACUGUCUGUUUGUUCUACUAAAUGAUCAACAUAUAACACUAUGAUGACUUCGUUUGGGAGGUUCUCCUUGUUACUGGUUAAUUUGUUGUGACAUAUUUUGUAAUUCCAUAACUAGAGAAGUCCAAAAUUUUGUUUCCAUGGAUUAAUCAAUGAGUGGAUUAUAUCCACAACUUGUGCUAUUUAUACAAGGAUAAAUUGGCCUUAUGAGUCCUCUAUAUCUGUUUUGCUUGUUAGAAAUUUUUAUCCAAAUUUUUUGUUUAGAUGGCUGAAAAAAGUAGAUCUGUUGAUGUUUGGUGCACUUGAGAAUGAUUAUGGGUUGUUAAGAGAGAAGUGCUUAUAAUAAUAUUGACAGGACUGCAUAUAGAACUGGCUUGGUGUUGUUUAAUGGGAAACCGGGGGCAGAAAAGAACUGAAACUGUUGAUGAACUGCCUGCCGAUAAGCGAGCCUGUAGCUCCACAGAAUUCAGGCCAAGUACCUCUAAUUCAGUGGUUCAUACUACAAUGAGUUCUAUACACGAAAGCCGCAAUGGCGAUGUGGACACAUCAUCGUCAAGUUCAGGGUCAAGUGAAGGUGGAAAGGACUCUGCUUAUGGAUCUUGUGAAUCUGAUAAUAGCUUCAGGGACUAUUACAGGCGGCAAUCGCUGGACAAUCAGGGCAAAUUCAAAGGAAUUUUGUCAAGUUUGAGCAAGGAAUUAUCUAACGAAUCAGCGCUGUUGGCUGCUCUUACCGAGCUAUGUGAAUUGUUAUCUUUUUCUCCUGAUAGUUCGAUCUCAAACUUAAUGGCAGAUUCAUUUUCUCCCAUUCUUGUAAGAUUGGCUAGACAUGAGAGCAAUCCUGAUAUAAUGCUAUUAGCUAUCAGGGCAAUGACUUAUUUGUGUGAAAUUCAUCCUCGUUCUUCGGCCUACCUAGUUAGACAUGACGCAGUUCCUGCCCUUUGUCAAAGGUUAAUGGCCAUUGAGUACUUGGAUGUGGCCGAACAGUGUUUGCAAGCACUGGAGAAAAUUUCCCAUGACCAGCCGAUUGUGUGUUUGCAAUCUGGGGCUAUCAUGGCUAUUUUAAGUUAUAUUGAUUUCUUUUCUACAAGUGUGCAGAGAAAGGCACUCUCAACUGUAGUAAAUAUUUGUAAAAAGCUUCCCUCUGAAUGUCCGUCACCUUUGAUGGAGGCGGUUCCCAUUUUGUGUAAUCUUCUUCUAUACGAGGAUAGACAGCUUGUUGAGAGUGUAGCCACUUGCUUAAUUAGAAUAGUGGAGCAAGUAUGUCGCUCUUCCGAUAUGUUGGAUGAACUCUGUAAACACGGUCUGGUUCAUCAAGCCACACAUCUCAUAGAAUUGAAUUGUCGAACAACAGUUUGCCAAUCAGUUUAUGUUGGUUUAAUUGGGUUACUUGUCAAACUGGCUGCUGGAUCUAUUGUGGCUGUCAGGACUCUCUUUGAACUUAACAUCAGCCGCAUAUCAAAGGACAUUUUAUCCACUUAUGACUUCUCACAUGGGGGGCCUUCUACUCUGACGGUUGAUGGGCAUUAUAAUCAGGUAGACGAAGUUCUCAAGUUGUUAAACGAACUUCUUCCUCCCAUAUCCAGAGAGCAGAAUAUCCAACUAGCUGCAGACAAAGAACACUUCCUCAUCAAUCACCCUGAUCUUCUGCAGAAAUUUGGCUUUGAUUUAUUUCCUGUGUUAAUCCAGGUGGUCAAUUCUGGUGUAAAUUUAUAUGCUUGUUACGGCUGUCUAUCUGUUAUCAAUAAGUUAGUUUAUUUCAGCAAAUCUGACAUGCUCGAAUUUCUUCAAAAUACUAAUAUUUCAAGCUUCUUAGCUGGAGUUUUUACUCGCAAAGAUCCUCAUGUUCUGAUACUAGCCCUUCAGAUUGUUGAUAAGCUUCUAGAGAAGCUCUCUCAUGUUUUCUUGAACUCAUUUGUGAAGGAAGGUGUUCUCUUUGCUGUUGAUGCACUUCUUUCACCGGAAAAAUGUUCGCAGUUUCUAUUUUCAGAUGAAACCUGCCAAGGAUCAGUACCAUGUGCUGCAAUAAAAUGUCUUUGUUUUGCUUCUGAGUCUCCAACAGGACCCGAAGCAAGGACCUGCAAGAUAGAGAAAGAAACUGUUCAAAAUCUUGCUAGGCAUAUCAGGACCAAUUACUUUGCAACAGACUCAAUGAAUCCUGAAUUAGGAAUAACCGAUGUUCUACAGAAGCUGAAGACUCUAUCUUCUGCGUUAACUGAUCUGGUCCAUAAAGCUAGUAGCAGCAUUGCUCCUCUUCAAGAGAAAGAAGACUUUUACCCUGUUUUGCAUCAAAUUAUGUCAGAGUUAAACGGAAAUGGUGCCGUUUCCACGUUUGAGUUCAUUGAAAGUGGAGUUGUAAAGUCUCUCGUGAAUUACCUUUCCAAUGGCCAAUACUUGGGACAAAAGGUAGAUGGUGAUGGUUCAGUAGAUCAGCUGUAUAUUGUAGAAAAGAGAUUUGCGCUGUUUGGUAGAUUACUUUUGUAUAACUCAGUCUGUCCUCCGGAAGACUCCGCCUUUCUUGCACUGAUAAAGAGAUUGCACAGUGCACUUUCCUCUGUGGAAAACUUCCCAGUCAUCUUGAGUCAUGCGUCUAAGCUACGAAACUCGUAUGCUACUGUCCCAUAUGGGCGUUGUACUUCAUAUCCUUGUCUGAAGGUCCACUUUGUGAAGGGAGACGGGGAGUCGUCACUUGGAGAUUAUACAGAGGGUGUUGUGAAUGUAGAUCCUUUUUCGCCUUUGGAAACAAUUGAGGGAUACUUGUGGCCAAAAGUGAGUAAAAGGAAAAGUGAGAAGUUGAAACCUCCCACUCUGGCUAUAGAGGAAGAGUCAUCGUCUCGUUCAUCACAAGAUGCAAGCACGUCUCAAGGCAAAAGUCCAGGACCCAUGGAAUUGGACACCACAUCCACCAAUGCCCAUGAAACACAGGAGGUGAAGGGUAACUUACAACUAUCUGUUGAAGUGGAAACUAUGGAUAUAGAAAAAACAAAGAGUGAUUCAAUGGAUAUUUCAAAUAUUAAUGCAGAGUCUUUGGAGAAAGGAAAACUUUGUUCGUCUGAAGAUGAUAGUAGCACAAGUUUAGAGUGUACUGGAUGUUCUGAUGAUGAAGAUGUUGCACCAAAAUUGAUAUUCUACUUGGAGGGACAGCAGUUGAACCAGAAGUUGACCCUAUAUCAAACUGUACUCCAGCAGCAGAUUAAAGCAGGGAAUGACAUCAUUACUAAUUCAAGCAUGUGGAGUCACGUACACAGGGUGAUCUACAGAAGAUUUGUGAGACAUAAACCAGGAUGUGCUCAGAGUGGCAAACACGUCGUAGAUUCUACUCCAUCUGAGAAACCUAUAACAUGGUGGCAGUACACCCCAUUUUUCUCUAGCAUGUUUGGCUCUGAAAUGGUUGAUCUUGAGAAAUCAAGUCCAACUUAUGACAUCUUAUUUCUUCUGAAAAGCUUGGAAGGCCUGAACAGGUUCAGUUUUCAUCUCAUGUCUCGUAGGAAAAUAUACGCUUUUGCAGAAGGGAAGACCACCGAUUUUGGUGAUAUAAAGGUCACAAAUUCUGAUCUCCCUCAGAAUGAAUUUGCAAACACUAAAUUGACAGAGAAACUAGAACUGCAAAUGAGGAAUCCUUUUUCUGUUUCCGUAGGUGGCAUGCCACCUUGGUGUGGACAGUUGGUUAAUUCAUGCCCCUUUUUGUUUGGUUUCGAGGCAAGAUGCAAGUAUUUCCGCCUGGCUGCAUUUGGUCAGCCACCAAUCCAACCUGAACCGUCAUCUCAUAAUAUGGCAGGGGGUAUGAGCGGUAGGCAUCAAAACAAUAGUGGCCUUCGCCGGAAAAAAAUCUUAGUUCAUCGAAAUAGAAUUUUGGAUUCUGCAACACAGAUGAUGGACCUCCAUGCCGAUCAGAAGGUUGUCAUUGAGGUGGAAUAUACUGAUGAGGUCGGUACUGGUCUUGGACCAACCUUGGAAUUUUUUACCUUGGUCAGUCAUGAGUUCCAGAAGAUUGGGCUAGGGAUGUGGAGAGGUGAUCGCAUGGCUAGUGGAACCGUGAGUGUAGAGGAGGAAUCUGGAAUGCUCUUCUCUUCUUUUGGUCUCUUCCCUCGCCCAUGGUCCCCUUUAUCCCGUUCGUCAAGUGGCCUAGAGUUCUCUGAAGUGCUGAAAAAGUUUGUGCUUCUGGGGCAGAUAGUUGCAAAGGCUCUCCAAGAUGGCAGGGUUUUGGAUCUUCCUUUAUCCAAAGCAUUUUACAAACUUGUUCUUGGGAGGGAACUCACGGUAUAUGACAUCCAGUCAUUUGACCCCGAACUUGGUGGGGCUCUCCUAGAAUUUCAGGCUCUUAUUGAAAGAAAAAGACAUCUGGAAUCUGAGGGAAAACCAUCAUUAGACCUUGAACUUAAUUUCCGGAAUACGAAAAUUGAUGAUCUUUGCCUUGACUAUACUCUUCCUGGAUAUCCAGAUUAUGUCUUUAAUUCUGCAUCCGAUGCAAAAAUGGUUGACAUGUCUAAUUUAGAGGAAUAUGUUUCACUCAUUGUGGAUGCUUCUUUAAAUUCUGGGAUAUCAAGACAAAUUGGAGCAUUCAAGUCAGGCUUUGAUCAGGUGUUCCCCAUCAAACAUCUUCAAAUAUUCACAGAGGAUGAAUUAGAGCGACUGUUGUGCGGAGAGUGUGGAUUUUGGAACUCCAAUGAGCUUCUGGAUCACAUCAAGUUUGACCACGGGUACACUGCUAGCAGUCCUCCAGUUGUAAAUUUACUCGAAAUUAUGAGGGAGUUUGACAGCAAACAACAGAGAGCAUUCCUGCAGUUUGUGACUGGUGCACCUAGACUGCCCCCAGGGGGUCUGGCAUCUCUAAGCCCAAAGUUAACAAUUGUUCGGAAGACUUGCAGUGGUUGGGUUGAUGCUGACCUGCCUAGUGUGAUGACAUGUGCCAAUUAUCUGAAGCUACCACCUUACUCUUCAAAAGAGAAAAUGAAGGAAAAACUGUUAUAUGCCAUAACUGAAGGACAAGGCUCAUUCUACCUUUCAUAGGUUCGCUGUCUUGGUCAAUCAGGUACAUAGCUUGUGAAUAUAUAGUUCAGAGUAGGUGGCGGCUGGGUAAAUUGGUGACAUAGGAGAAGAAUCACGGUAGCGGGUCGUUGGUUGUGGAGUUGAACAAGGAGCUGAUUACUGCUGCUGCACUGACUAAAACUUGGUGGUUGUGUAAAUCAAUGGUUAAGUAGUAUAAUAAAGUAGUUAGUCCAGUUCUUAAAGGUGAAUUGUACAGUGAAAAGUUCUUGGGGUUUUUUUAAAGCUUGGUUCAGUUAGUUUUUGGUACAUAUAAACUAUGUACAGGAAACAGUUGCAGAUUAUAUAUUCCACCUAAGGUCAGUUUGAUGGAAGAUGAAAGUGAAAUAGGUUAAUUUGCUCUCUUA